GCAGUGUCGCACAUCGCACACUGUCACGGAUGGGUGGUGGGAUUUAGUUUUUUUCUUGUUUCUCGUAAUAUUAUUCCUCGGCUACCUAUUACCGUAACAUGUAUGCGUUCUGUUCUACCUACCUAUCUAUUUUAUGGUACAACAUUUAUUUACUGCUACCCCUGCCCGUACACCGCGUGCUUCGUGUUGUGGCGUUUUCACCACUACAUCCAUACAACGCCACAGAGCGACUGCAAACAAACGGCUGUCAAACUUCCGCUCUCUCCGGCACACAGUUGCAGAACGUAAACAAACAUCCACAUUACUUUCUUGGUGCCUGCAGCGCAAUGAAGGACAGUCGGAAGCGUCGGAAAUCAAGGCGCGAUAGUACGUCUUCAUCCUCAUCCUCAAGCCGAGAUAGUAGCGCCAGCUCCACCAACGGCACCAGCGAUAGUGACUCCUCCAGCACCAGUAGCUGCAGCCGGAGCAGUAGCGUCGAGCGAAAGCGCCGGAAAAAGGAGCUGAAGAAAAAGCUAGCCAAGCAACAGAAGAAGGAAGCGAAAGCCAAAAAGAAGGCACUGCGCAAGGAAAAGAAAGCCAGAAAGAAGCAGGAAAAGUUGGAGAGCAAGCUCGCGAAACGAAAAUUAAAAGAAGAGCGAAAAACCCGGAGAAAGCAGGAAAAACACUCGAAAGAUGGGGACAUCCCGAAUAGCAGUAGUAGUAGGCCGGCACCACCAUCGGCAGGGAAACACCAGGGAAGCGGCCCAUCAGUAUUGGCCUCGGAUCCGUCUCUAGACUGUGGCAUUCCGCUCGAUCUAAUGAAUCGGAAAGCGAUGGCACCGGAAACGCGCGAAGAGUAUGAGGCACGGCAGUCGAUUCUGCGACGUGUGGUUGAUCCGGAAACAGGCCGAACGCGACUGAUCAAGGGCGACGGGGAAAUCAUCGAGGAGUGUGUGAGUCGCGACCGGCACAAGGAGAUCAACCGGCAGGCAACGGCAGGUGAUGGGGCAGAGUUUCAGCGCAAAACACUCGGACGCAAUGUGCGCUAAAGGCACACAGUCAAUGCUACCAAAAUAAACAACAAUAUUUGCAAACCAAAAAGAAACAAAAUCGUUUAAAAAACAA